UGUGCGAGGGCUUCUGUCCCCGUGGGACCCAGAGUGGUUCACUCUUCCUAUCAAACAGGAAUUGAAACAUCUGUUGAACCCGCUGCGUUCAUUUCACCAAACCUCUCGUACGAUCUGUCUUUCAGGUCUUUUUCCUGUCCUAAGCACCCGUUUACAGGAGAACACAGCAUCUUCAUGCUGGUCCAGUUAUGGCUAAGAAGACAUGUCCUGAGGGGCUGAAAUGGGACAACUUGCUGAAAAUCUGUCACAGCAGGCAGAUAGAAUCCAGACGUAGGACAGAACCGGGCCACGGGAUAGAACCUAGUCUUAGAACAGAACCUUUUCAAAAGCCUCAUCCAUCAACGAAACCAGUCCUGGUGGUUGUGGACCAGGUCAGAACCACGACCACCGAGUUGCCAACCGUGUUUCUGCUGAGUCAGACUCUGUGGAUCUGUUUGGUUCUGAUCACCCUGGCUUCUGCCAUGGCUCUGAUUCUUUGGUCGGUCUUAUUCAGACGACAGAGCCGAGUCAACAACAACUCUGAGGAUCCAGCACCAGAGCAAGACCUGCUUCAGAAAACAAAACCAUUUAACCCUCAGUAUUCUGAAAAAGGUCAGGCAUGUCGGGGACCAGCUGGGGCCUCCUCAGCCUGUCAUCAGUUGCAUCCUGGAGCCCAAACGGCGCCUCAGUGGGAGGACGGAGUUACAGUUUGCAGAGGCCCCGAGAGGCACAGUGGCAAAGAGGAAGGUGGAGGGCUGCAUGUGUGCAGCAAUAUGGCCGACCACAGAGUCCCACUUCCUGCCACAGAGCUGGGAGGCACUGCACUGGUUACAACUAAGACCCUGUAGGGUUGUGAGUUGUUGAAGUCCCAUAACAGAGAAAAACUUUCAUUCUGGGACAAAAACAAACUCUUUACGUUGCAAAUCUCCUGAUUUUAUUAUGAGGUUUUAGCAGGUUAAAGCUCGGCUGUCGUUAUGUAGCAUGACCGUUCGUCACCACACAACAACUCUGUGGUGAGAUUUCAUCCACCAUGUUUUUAUGGUUCUCAAAAACUGUCCCAAUAAUCAUAUUUUCUUUAUUUUAUUAGAUUAAAAAUAUAUUAAACUGCAUAAUAAUAUGACUUCAGUGAAAAUAAACAUUUAUAGUGUGUGACUUUUAAGACAAAACAUUCAAAAAAGCACUGUGAAUCUUAUUUCAACUAUUUAAUAAACCACAAAACAAAAAUUCCUAAAAUGUUCAAAACAUUAUUUUGACUCACUAAUUUAUUAGAUACACUUUAAAGCAAACAUAAAGCCAUCCUGGAAUAAAUGUUUGCUUCAUUAUUAUCACAAACAUGAGAUGCUGAUGAGCUAUAUUUAUAUUUACAGAUGUGGAAACAGCUGUUGGUACCCACAAGGCUCGCUGAAACUUGAAACUGAGAAAAUAGGAAACGUAAUGAAAAUCAGCUAAUGAAAUUAGAAAGUAACGUUGGAUUUUCCUUUACCGGUUUCCUGUACACGUAUGUAUUUAUGUUUACUAAUAUGUGUCUCAGACUAUUUAUGUGACUUUGCUACUUUGGUCUCUGCAGCAGCCCAAACUUACAAGAUACGUUUUUACAAACUUAAAACGUUUCCUGGAGACAUCUUGCACAUAAAAAUCUAUGAGGUGCCAUUUGUAAAGUCAAACAGUUAUAUCUUAUCAGCAAUAUUUUGGUUAUUUUGUCUAUUAUUAGAAAAAAAUAAGUCAUAUUUUCAUUGUUAUUCAGACAUUUAUAAAUGUUAAAGAUCCCAAAUAAAUAUUUAGUUAGAAAGCUAAAUAUUAAAUUUCUAUUUAGUUUACAAACUUAAAAUUUAGCCACCAAUUUAAUUUUUAUUUUCUAACAUAAAUAUUUAGAUCCCAGCUAAAUAUUUAUGUUGGGGCUAAACCUAAAUAUUGAUUUUACUAACUAAAUAUUUAUCUCCAAAUUACAUACAUAGCUGGUAUCUAAACAUUUAGUUUGUAAAUGAGGAGUAGACCCGCUCAGGCAUCUGGUCAGGUUGCCUCCAGGACGCCUCCCUGGUGAGGAUUUCCGGGCACGUCCAACCGGGAGAAGACCUAAAGGUAGACCCAGGACACGGUGGAGGGACUAUGUCUCUCACCUGGCCAGGGAACGCCUUGGGAUUCCCCCUGAGGAGCUGGCCCAAGUGGCUGGGGAGAAGGAAGUCUGGGCCUCUCGCCUUAGGCUUCUGCCCCCGCAACCCGACUACGGAUAAGCGGAUGAAAAUGGAUGGAUGGAUGGAAAUUAAAUAUUCAGUUAGUAAACUAAUUAUUUCUUUUACGAACUAAAUAUUUAGGUAUAAAUUAAAUAUUUAGCCUGCUAACAAAAAUUUAGAAAUGUAUGAAUAACAGUGAAAAUGUGACUUUAAAAAAUGAACUGCCAUGUUUUUUCUCUAAAAAAAAUGGAACUCCAUAAAAAAACAGUGGACCUAAAUAAAGCAAUCCUCUAUCUUUA